AUGUCAGGUACCUGUCUCUUUGGAAAACACCCCUCCAGACGGGUGACGAUGCCGGUUUGCUCUAUCAGGGGCAUCAGUCACAACCAGACAGACAGCGAUACCAACAUGUGUCGACUACCAUCAGAGCAGGGUGUCCGGGCCAUGUUGGGCUCAGCUGUUCCUGAAGAUGUUACCGUCGCCAGAAUACAACCACUCCAAAGUCUCAGGCCACAGAGGAUAUACCAAGUCCACCUUUCCGACAAUACAUCUCUACGCCUUGUUCUUCCACCAAUUUCCAUGUGGCGGCCCCUACGAUCAGAACAAGCCAGCGUGGCCACCGAGGUAACAGCAAUAGACUGGCUACACCAGGUUCUCACUCGACAAUCCUCAUCAGCCACACCAUCUUCCUCCCGGUCAGCCAGGAGAGGAAGCGAAGAAACCAGCAAACAGCAGAACGAAGACUCGAAAACCCUGCUACGACUGCUGCCAUCCCUCGUCCAACACGGCCAGGACACCAGCACGGCCCUCCGCGAGCUAUUCGCCUUUUAUGAACCAAGUCAAGGCACAGCAAUAGCCCUCUUGGAACCAAAGAUCACAGUGGAUCCAAACUCUCCCGAACGACAGCAAGUAGACUUCGAAAUCGGCACAUUCUACCGACGAUUCUUGAUCCAACCCGGUUUGGUCUCGCCAACAGGUCGUUUCGGUCCAUUGGCAGCUGUUAUCCCUCUGCUACAAUCAUCACAACCCCAAAGAGCACAACCAGGAGCCGGGGGUUUAUUUGGAACGGGAGGUGCGGCCAGUUGGUCGGUGGCCUUUCACUCCAUGCUCGAAGGUGUUCUCAGAGACGGGGAGGACAUGGCGGUUGUGCUGGGUUACUCGACAAUACGACGGCACUUUCGGCGGUUAGGAUACCUCUUGGACGACGUCACUGUGCCGAAGUUUGUGGUGGUGGAUGCUGCCCAAGACUCUAACCUCGUGGUGGAAAGGAUACCAGACGGUGGUGACAGAGGAAUCAGAAUAGCUGGUCUGCAGAGUUGGUCAAAUUGCGUCUUUGGCGACCCUCUGUUUGCCACAGUGUUUAGCGAUCCGGCAGACUUGCCGCCGCCACCCCCUUCCGACUCUUUUCUAAGGGGGUUAAAUUCGACUGCUUCAGCGACAUCCCCUCCACCACCUGCAACGUCGGCGUCAACGAUGACGGCGACAUCAAACUACCUAUCAACUCUCAACCCGCAAUUAAUAGAGGCCCUCCCGUCUGCCCCCGUCCGGCUGUUAUUCUACCGGAUCUACCACAUCCUUACCCGCAUCGCCGCCGAGUUCUACCGCCCCCGACCAGACUCCACGACGCGAGAGCUAGAAGCGCGGAGGAAGCUCAAUGUAGUGUUGGCGAAACUAGCAGAGAUACCAGAUGAUUUCUUGUGUCCUCUUGAAACCCACUACUCUAGCCUACCCGCGACACCCAACAGCAGCACCAGCACCAAGAGCCUGAGCAAACGUGAAUACAGCGUUGCACGACCAACAGGGGAGAUGAGUCCAGCAAAGAGAAUGCGGGAGUUGGAGAUGCCGAUACCAAAGAAGUAA